AUGUUGACGGGACGAAAAAGAGGCUGUAUCACGCGGUCUGCCGACCGUCGAAAGUCACCAGCAACUGACUUUAGAUCUGCUCUGUUCAGCCCCCCCCCCUUUUGGCUCUGCGAGGCAUCGCUUUUGGUGUCAUGGAAAGCCGGUCUUUUGAUGAAACACUCCUCCGACUGGAAUGUGAUGACAGUCGCCACGGAUGGGUCCAGAUGCCUCGUUGCUUUACAGACCACAGAUCAGCUCUUACGAUUCAACGGAACACCUCGUACUGGAGCCACCCCCCCCCAUUCUGUUGGCCAAAUGUCCAUACAACGUAGCAAUGCCUCUGUAACGUCGGUGAAGCGACUUCUUGUGGAAUCGGAACGACCAUCUGCUCAGAGCUGA